AUGACGAAGCGCAGCGUGAAACGUUCAGCAAGCAGCUCAGAGAGCUCAGAGGAAGUGGUAAAGCCUGCUCGUAUGCAGCUGAAAGCCCCAGCGGCUCUUCCAAAAGCAGCACCUGUACAGACUGUGACGGCAGGGUCUGACGAGAGCUCUGACAGCUCAGAUGAAGCACAGUCAGAUGACGAUGAUGAUGAUACCGACAGCGAUGACACAGAUGAGGCUGACACAGAUGAGAGUGAAAGCGCCGAGUUUGAGGAGACCACCACCGCCCCCCCUGCCCCCAUCGAGACCACACUCCCCCCGGUCAUUGACAACGGGAGGGGUGACAGCUUGGGUUACCCCGGUGACUACAAGAAGUCCAUUGUUUACGUGGAGAGCAACAAAAUCGAGAAGGAACCGUCCUCCUACAAGUUCUACGGUGUGGAUAAGGCAGAGGAGGGCCUGGUGAGCAAGAAAACGUCCGUCUAUGAUGCCAAGGAUGGAAACGAUAUUGAAAAGAACCUGAAAGUAUACAAGGCCCUCCAGGUGCACGAGGACAUCAUGGAGGAGGACACCAGCACCCCUGAGGUGGAAAGCCAGGGCCUGGACAUGGCGAGCGGGACAGUCGAGGAGCCUACCCACCGCCAGGCCCCUCAGAGUGCCCCGGAGGAGAGCGAGGCCACAGAGAGCGAAGGAGAAAGCACCAGCGCCAGCAUGGCCGACAGUGUCAGCACCAGCGAGGAGUCUGACGGCAGCCAGAGCAGCGAGGAGGCCACGGCCACACCCGGCGCCGCCGACAGCGACUCCUCUGAUACCUCCGAGAGCGAGGAGAGUGACUCCAACGAGACCGAGGAGACUAGCGAGGCUCCCGUUGUCAUCACCGCUAAGUAA